AUGUCCCGAACAUCCGGGCGAAUUUACCCGCCUGGAUUUCCCGUCAUGAUACCUCAUCAGGUCUCAUCGAGGAAAACGCCGUUUCGAAAAAAGCUGAGUUCAUCAUAUCGCUUCUCAAAAUCAAAAACCUACUUUGAACAGUGUUUCGAUGUGAUCGGAUGUCUGGGUAAUGGCUCAUUUGGACAGGUGCUCCAUGUGAAAUGCAAGGAUACUGGCGAAGAAUACGCCGUAAAAAGAGCUCUACGUACAUUCGAAUCAUCCGGAAAGCGCUACCGACAACUACAGGAAGCUCUGAAUCAUGAAGCCAGUAUCACCUCAUCCUAA